AUGGCUGGUGGUCGUCGAAAUGGACGCGGCGGUACGAAGGCUGGAGGGAAGAUAAGCACCACUGCUGGCGACUCUCCACUGUCCAGCACGGAGCAUUCUCGUGAGAAGAGUCCAUUGCUGUCAGCGCAGGCCUCGCCUCGUGCAUCUCCAAAGGUGGCUGCUGAUGCGCUGGGUGAUGCUGCAAAGAUCACGUUGCAGGAACGUUUCUCUGCAUUGAAGGUCAACGGGCUCAAAGACAACGAGGAAGGGAAUGAGACUCAGCAGCCGCAGCCGAGUUCGGCGACUGCGGUGUUGCCUGAUGACGCGUCCCUGGCUGCUGCAUCUGCGGGCUGUAACAAUGAUGCUGAUGAAGAUGAUUGCUGGGAUAGUGAUGACGACGAUGAUCUCGACCCGGCUACGAUCAACCUCCUCGCGACUCAAGUCUGCUUUCCGAUCACACUUCUCAUUCCGAUCAAGUGGGAGAGUGAAGUCCGGAAGUUGAAGGCUACGGUGGUCACGCAUCUAGAUAACCGAAAGGCCUCGCUAACGGCUGACGCUCAGACGACAAUGAAGUACCAGGAGCUGCUGCCGGCAUGGCUGUCUAAAAAGAGCGGCGCGCAGCUGUCAGUUGUCAUGUACCGGUCCAGAGCCCGCGGAUGCGAUGGGCUUCUCACCUGUUUUUUGAUGGAUAAGAAGCACACGAUCACUUUCUGCGAGCUCAACAUCAACGGGCUCGGCAGUGCAGGGAAGCCGACAAAGUGCAGAACCUGGCUAAGAGGGAAAGCGGACAUUGCAGUUCUAACAGUUACAAGAGUUAAGGCAGACCACAACUUCUGGACGCAGCUCAAGCCGACGGCUAUGGCUGCCGUAGGGCCGGCGGGUGCAGCAGGUGGAGUAGCGGUGCUGAGUUUUGUUCCUGGUAUGGUCUUCACGGAUAUGUACUUACAUGACUUAGGCAGGCUGGUAGCAGUGGUGGUACGGUGGGGUGACCUGGAGGUGCUUCUCAUCGCAGCGUAUUUGCUAGCGCAACCGAAGAAUAGAGCGCCCUUUUACAGGGACUCCCUCGGCCCGUUUCUGGGCACCCUCCCAAACCUAAAAAACAUCUUGGUGAUGGGUGAUUUCAACGUCAUAGAGGACCCGGAGCUUGACAAGUCCACUGUUGUGGGCUCGGCGGCGGAGAAUAUGCGGCUGAUGAGCUUCUGGGCGCGCACCCCUGUCACUGACGCCUUCCAAUAUGUGCACCUUGGAAAGAGGGAGUAUACGUUCCACGCAAAGGGGAAGGGGGUGAGCACCAGAAUCGACCGCGCGUUGCUCUCGCAGCCCCUGGGGUCCUUUGGCGGCGGCGAUGAGUCAGGUGUUGGGGAUGCGGCGACGGGUCCUCUGAUGCGCACUAUCAGCGAUAUGAGUAGGGAGGCCCUCAGCGCGCCGUGGUCGGAGCAAGAGGUGCGAACGGCGGUGCGCGAGCUGGCCCCUGGGAAGACGCCGGGGCAGGAUGGUCUUCCUAAGGAACUGUUUGAGCAUAACUGGGACUUGUUGGGGCCGGUGCUGAUGCAGUUCGUUGACGACUUCACUCGCUCGCUGAAGCUUCUUAGCAGUGUCUCCACUGAAGUCACGGUACUGUUGCACAAGAAGGGGAGUAAGGAGGAGUUAGGGAACUAUCGGCCGAUCACACUGCUCAACACAGUCUACAAGAUUCUGGCAAAGGUUCUAGCAACGAGGUUAAAGAAAGUGCUACAUGAGGUAAUCUCUGAGGACCAUGCUGGGUUCUUAUCGGGGCGGAAGCUAGCGGAUGCGGUCACAGUUGUGGCGAACGCCAUCGAAGCAGGAGCCUGCGGCAGAGAGGACUGGUACCUGCUGAUGAUCGAUUUCCGUAAGGCCUUCGACUCUAUAUUGAGGCCUUUUCUUUUCCGCAUGCUGAGGAGAAUGGGUAUUCCGGAGGUGUUUGUGACUUGGGCAGAGGGUCUGCACAAAGAGACGGGCACACGGGUACAUGUAAACGGCUGGACCGGAGAAACAGUUGCGGUUAAGAAAGGGGUGAGGCAGGGGUGUCCCCUGGCCCCGUACCUUUUCCUCCGCGCCGUGGAGCCACUGUGUCAGGAGCUGUCAAAGUGCAAGCUGGGCAUCGGCCGGAGAGACACGGGGAAGCUAACAUUCCUGGGUUAUACAGACAAUACGUCACUGCUUCUGCGUGGUGCAGAGCAGGUGUCGGUUGCGGCAGGAGUCUUGGAUGAUUUCGGCAAGAAGUCAGGUCUGAAGGUUAACCACGACAAGACGGUGUUAUUUCCACUUGGGAGAAACAGGGGUAAGCCUCCGCCGACGGACCUGCAAUACAAGUGGGCUGAUAAAGGGGAGCCGGAGCGGCUCUUAGGGGUGUGGAUAACGCCGAACAGAGAUCCGCUGCCGUCCUGGGAGAAGACGCUUGACAAGGCGCGGAAGGAGUUAGCGAAAUGGGAGGUGGAGUGGGAACGCCUUGCGUUCAAUCGGCGGAUACCUUUCCGUGGGGCCAGUCCUUUCCAGAACCAGAAAGACACCGACUAUCUCCUGGAGCUUGAGACGAUGGGCGACCUAGUGCAAUCGUUGGGUAGCGGAGAGCGGGCCCUAGAGAGCGAGGAGGUGCUGACAAGGGAACUUGGCAGCAAAGUCGCGGCGAAGAUGGCGCUGAAAGCUUUCGCUGCAGCACCGGCUGAGUGGAGGAACCUGGUCAUGGAGAAGCUGACGAUCAGCGCCGCGGAGGGUGAUAAGGUGAUCGGAAGGCUGUGCCCGGUAAAGGACGACGGUUCCUUCACGCCGUGCAAAGGGGACAACCUAGCACUCAGUUUCGGCCUUCAGUCUGGUGAACCGCUGGUUGCCUAG